CCGUAGCAGUUGAACGAGAAUUCAGUGCUGGCGGCAACAUUCUAACCGACUACCGAAGUUGUCUUAACGCUGAAUCUCUUGAAACACUGGUUUGCAACCAAGAUUGGCUCUUGGCAAGACGUCGGGCUCAAGAGUCAUCGUACCAACUCGAAUCGGAGCAUUACAUGAAUGCAACCACAGAUGGAAGUCCGAGUUCUGAAGAAUAAGUUAUAAUUUUUUUUUAUGUUAAUGUAAAUAUGUAAUUAAUUUUUUUAGUAUUAUGAUCAAUUUCAUCGAUUACACUUUCAAUCCAGCCUUCUCAAACCCUAAACCGGUUUCUGAAUCAGGUGAAGGUGCUCUUCUAUCAUUGUAUUACGAUGACGACGAUGUCGAUUUUGACGUGCUCGGAUGGUGGAAGCGGAACGAACACAUGUUCCCAUGUCUCGGCAUGCUAGCAAGACAAGUGUUGUCCAUCCCAGUAUCAACCGUAGCAGUUGAACGAGAAUUCAGUGCUGGCGGCAACAUUCUAACCGACUACCGAAGUUGUCUUAACGCUGAAUCUCUUGAAACACUGGUUUGCAACCAAGAUUGGCUCUUGGCAAGACGUCGGGCUCAAGAGUCAUCGUACCAACUCGAAUCGGAGCAUUACAUGAAUGCAACCACAGAUGGAAGUCCGAGUUCUGAAGAAUAAGUUAUAAUUUUUUUUUAUGUUAAUGUAAAUAUGUAAUUAAUUUUUUUAGGUGAGCGAUAUAUAAGCUCCUUCGAGGGUUUCUUUACGGUUCUUUACCUCGUCGCUUUUUUUGAACCGUCAGGAUAUUAAAUGUGGUUGUUCUUC